UUCUCUCGUCUUCUCCAACCAAAGCCAGUUCAAUCUCUCAAUUUCUCCAUCAACAUGCUCAACACCCUUUUUCCUCUUUGCGCUCCUAUCUUCUUCUUCUUCUCUCUCUGGGAAAUGGGCUCGCUGCAGGCCCAACUUUCUCCUCUUCUGUGCAUGGAAACUCACACAUUACCGGAGUUACAACCAGGUGCAGAAAAAAUCCUUAAAAGUUGUCUCAUUGCGAGAGCGUGAUAAAUGUCUAACAAGGUAGCCACUUGUUCCAGUGCAUGGAACGUCACUUGCCAGGUUGCAAAAUUGUGCAGGUUGAUGAGCUUUAUAAGUUUUCUUUUCGAGAUUCUUUCUCACCCAUUCGAGAAGAAUUUCCAGUCUCAUUCUGAACGCUGACCUCUAGGGUUGAGCAUCGGUUCAAAUGAGACAUGGAGUGCUUCAUCCAAGAUAUAAUCCUACUGUCAGAUUUCAUUUUCACUGUCCAAGUGGCAGAGUGUGAAUUUCUCUUGAAGCAAAACCAUUAAGAGAAGAUGGAAAUGGUGAAUUUUGUUGGUAAUUGUAUCCAAAGGAAGAAUGUUGAGUGGUUGGAUCUGGAAUCUUUCGAAGGUGUGGUUGAUAAUGUACUUUCAUCGCUUCCUGUCAAGUGCCUUCUAAAUGUUAAGGCUGUUUCUAAAUUCUUGCGUGAUUUGAUUCGUAGUCAAGCUUUCAUUAGAUUGCAUUUAAGUCGGUCAAGAGAAAAUGCCUUGUAUAUAUUUUUCCCUUUUAUGCCAAUUAACAGAAACAUAUACAUCAUUGAUGCUGAUGCGGUAGUCACUGAAACAGUCACUCUUCCUACUGAUGAGAAUCUAUCAACUCUUAGUAUGGUUUGUUCCUAUAAUGGUUUGAUUUGUCUCACCAAUUUUCCCGUGACUCUUUACUCAUAUAGUUCUCAAGGAGUGGCAGUGGCAGACUUGGAAAUCCUGAUCUGCAAUCCCGCCACUCAUGAAGUUGGUUUACUUCCAAAAUGUAGCCCAUCGGAAGAGGACCUAGGCAUUGGUGUUGCCUUUGGCCCAGAGAUCAGUGAGUAUAAAGUAUUUCGGUUUUUCCGUUCCAAAUCCAAUUCUGAAAUAGUCCUCCCUGACUCAGAGGUUGUGCCAUAUUGGUUUUUGCUUCCCACAUCCAGACCUGAAACAGUCCUCCCUCCAGAGUGUGAGAUAUAUUCAUCCAGAACUGGAACCUGGAGUUGCAUAGGUCCUGUUCAGCAUCGUCCUAUGGGUGCACAUCACGUAUUUGUUAACGGAAAAGUUUAUUGGUUUAUUCCCUCAGAAGAAAAUUAUGAUAUCCCUGGAUCCAUUCUAUCAGUUGAUAUGGAGGAACAUUUUGAAGUUGUCGGGCUUCCAGAUACACUCACAGAACUCUCCUUCUUAAUUGAUUUUGAAGGCUGCUUAUCAGUAGUCGCGGUUUUUGAUAAAGAUGAGCCUGUGGUUAUUUGGAUUUUAAAGAAUGAAAAUGAAUAUGUUUGGGAGAAGAAAUGCAGUGCUGGUAUUCCCUACAAAGGAAUGAUGGAGGAACUUCACUCUGUAGCUGCUAGAGAAAGUGACAUUUUUUUCAUAACUGCACACGAUUAUAUUAUCUUAGACACAGAUGACAGUUCCUGGGAACUUGUUGAGUUUGAAGAGUUUGAACCUAAUGCUCACGCUGUUUUUCCAUACACAGAAAGCCUCCUCCCUUGUAGUGGACGGUUUGUAGGGGAGGUGAACAAUCAAAGAGCAGCGUGAUUCUGGUUUUGGUUCUGAUUGUUCUGUCUUCUCUUCCAGAUUGAUGUCCCUUGGAUGUUGAAGCUUGAAUUUGCUUUUAUCUUGCGAGUUAAAAGUCCAGAAGCCUGUAUUUGGAUUUUUGCAGAAGGGGCCACCACCUUUCCUCUGGAGAAAUUGGGGAUUACUACCAUGACAUCCUAGAACUUGAUUAGUCUGAAUAUUUAUGAAACAUCGUAAGUCAUUAGAUUUUUCUUUUUUGAAAUGCCCGGGAAUAUCCAUCUUCUUCAUUUCUGUAUCCGUAUAGUUUUACAGCUUGAAGUAGGAUUUAAUCAGAGCAACAACUGCUACUUUUUCCCAAUAGUAUGUUUGAAAUGAGAGUUUUUUCUGAGUUGUAUUAAAAGUCAUAUUGUUCGUCUUAUUGAUGAGUUGUGGAAAAACUGUUGGCAUAAGAUGCUAUGCUGCAAACUCUUGAAUCAUUUCAUCAACAAACUCAAUUCCAUCAGGUA